AUACAAUUUUUGGUAUUUUUCUUUGUAUUUUGAUUUCGUUUCAAGUUUGUUUGUUAAAAACUUAUGCCUCCGAAGAAGAAAGGCAACUCAAAAAAAAAGGGAGAGGGAAAACGAGAUGGCGAGGAGCAAAAAAAUGAUGCUAAGAAGACCGAAAGAGAAAUUUUGAUGUCAGAAAAGCUAGAAACUUUAACAAAUGAACUUGCAGAAACGAAACGAAGCGUUGAUCAAUUACGUAAAGAAAACGAAUGGUUACAAGAUGAAGCACAGCAGACAAGACGAGAGAGUCAUGAGUAUAUGGCGUACAUGGCUAGGAAAAAAAAACGACAAACUGCUAUUGUUUCGCUUAACGAUAAAAAUCAGGAAGAGCUAAACAAAAUUCGAAGAACAAAAGAAGAAAUGAUAAGCCAUUAUGAACAAUUGAAAACAGAGUUAAAGAAUCAACUUUUGGAAAAGAAAGCGAACUGACGAGUGCUAAAACAACUCGCUGAUCUAGAACAGUAUCAGAAGCUGCAGUCUGAUCAGGAAGCCGAGAUUAAAUCUUUAGAAGAAGAAGUUCAACUUAUGGGUGUUAAGCAUUCUGAAGCAAUUCAAAAACUUAAAGUAAAAUUCUUACAAGAGAAAAAACAGUUUCAAGAUCAUUCAGAUACGAAGGUCCAAGCAAUGGUGAAGAAAGCAAAUGAGGAAGUCAAAGAAUCCAUGGUUUUACAAACAAAACGGGUGAAGGAAGAAAAUAAAGAUUUAAGAAAAGAACUUCUUUCGUUAAUGCAUCAAGCUCGCGCGCUUCACAACAAACGCCAGAUGUUGGAGGAAAGACAUAAAUUAUUGAAACGCGAAUUACAAUACGGUAAAGAUCUUAUUACAAUUCAAGGUACUCGACAAAAUAGACUUUAUAAAUCAUUUGGAAUCAGCACUCCUGGACAGUAGACAAAAUUAACUUUAUAAACAAUUCGGAAUCAACAAUGCCUCAAAAGUAAAGAUUUUUCCAUUAGAAAUUUUGCGUGAAAAAACACGGUCUAUUUACAUUACGUAUAAAUGUGAGAAAGUCAUACUUUCAAUGAAUCGUUCACAAAGUUCUUCAAUAUCUUCGUGAACAUCAAUAUUCAUAUUCCAAAAUCUGUUUGUGGUAAAAUAAUAAAUACCUACAAGGAAAAAAAUAA